GAGAGGGACAAAGGCAUUGUAGAAUGUUACAAGAUGGGCACGAUUACUAGUGCAACCUUGAUGGUCAAUGGUCAAUCUGCCCAACAAGCUGCUGAGGUGGCCUCUGAGUACAAUAUACCUGUUGGUUUACACUUCAACAUAACUAAGGGGCAGCCAGUUUGCCAGUCACUUCAGACCAGUGGCUGCACAUUCACAGAUGCAAAUGGCACGAUGUUAGGAAAGAUGGGCUUCAGAGAAGCUUUAAUAGCAAAGAAAGUGGAUAUGAAAGAGGUGAAGUUAGAGUUGGAAAGUCAGCUCCAGAAGUUCCUGUCUUUGUGUGGUCAUCUUCCACAUCAUGUGGUUGGACAUCAGCAUGUCCACACCCUGGAUGGAGUGAGGGAAGUGUUUGCUGAAGUCCUAUCCACUCACAAUAUUUCCUGCACCAGACUUCCAGUGGAGGAUGUCAAUGUACCCUGGCUUAAUAGUGACCGGAAACAAAUCUUCACUUCAGUUGUUAAAAGUGCUCUUGAAGCCAAGUAUUUAUUUCAUCAGAAUGGAAUUAGGUCAACUGAUCAUUUCCUUGGCAUGACCACCAUUGGCUUUGAUAUGACAGAAGAACGAAUCCAGAGUACACUGAAAGCAUUUUUCUCACCAGAUAAUACCAUAAAUAAGGAUAAAUCUUCGGUGUCGUGUGAAUGGAUGGUCCACCCUGGGUUUAUAAGAUGGGACGGCAAAGGUGGCGCUGCGGCAAUCCAACCAGAUGGCAAUCCAGCAGCGAGGCUUUAUGAAUGUAAAGCAGUAAUAAAUGAGAGCAUGAGACAGUUCUAUAAAGAGGAAGGUAUAGAACUGAUCUCAUUUGAAGAUUUGUGAGACAGGUGACAUGAAGUUCAAACAAUUACAAUAACAGUUUUGAAAUAUAACAGGGAGCAAAAGAGAAAAAAACUGAAUUGAUCUUAUCUAGUUUAUAUAUUCACCAAUACAGUGUAGUAUAGAGUUAAUGAUAAUUUUUAUUCCAUAAAAUAGGGAACUUUUCAGUAAAACUCCUUUAGUAUUAUAUUAUGAUAUCCUUAUCAGAAUAAUCAGAUAUACAGACAAAGUAAACAUAUUAAUUUUUUUCAUUUUAUUAUGAUAGUGGCAAAGACAAACAUCACUUGUCAUUGCUAUUUUAACGUAAAAUCUACUCCAAUAUAAGUUUUCUGAUACGUGUCAAAAUAUUUCAUUUCAAAAUUAUUUGAAACAGGAUACUGAAACACACUGAUACAGACAUGUAAUGAUCACGUGCAGAUACAUGUAACAGAGAUCGCUGAGCAGCUAAU